GCUGUGGAAAGGGCUUGUGCCGGCGCUGGUACGACAGGUAUCUUACCACUCGUUCACCUUUGUCCUCUACGAGCCCAUUCGGGAUGUCGUGAGCACGCUGCUGGCAAUGGAGCCAGGUCAGACGACAUAUCUGCUGCGCCUGGUCUCCGCAGGAACCUCCGCGGCCAUUGCAAUCGCUCUCUUCAAUCCUACCGAGGUCAUCAAGACGCAGAUACAAUCCAGCUCGGCUACCCUCACGAUGCGGGAGGUCGCAUCCAAAGUAUGGAAGAAGGACGGAGCCAAAGGGUUCUGGGCCGGAGUUCGUCCCAACGUGGUAAGGACCUUUCUGGUCAACGGCGCAGAGAUAGGCACCUACGAUGAGUCCAAGCUGGUACUGAUCGAGUCGGCCGGUGAUGGAUUGUUCGCUCACGUCGGGGCGAGCUUUGUGGCUGGCUUGGCCUCGGCCUGUGUCUCAACACCCGCAGACGUCGUAAAGACGCGGUUCAUGAACGCAGCCGGCUCUGAACAGGCUUACCGGGGCAUUGUGCACACCCUCUGCAGCAUCUUGCGUCUGGAAGGUUUCCUGGCCCUUUACAAGGGGUUUACCCUGAUCGUCUGCCGGAAGCUGAUUUG